AUGAAGAGGAAACAGAAGAGAUUUCUGCAGAUGACUUUGUUAUUCAUGGUGGCUGUAAUAUUCCUGCCCAACAUUGGUCUCUGGUCUCUGUACAAGGAUAAGCACCUGGUGAAACCCGCCGAGCCUGGGGAGCAGCAGACAUUUCCACUGGGCCUGGGAGAUGGGCAAUUCUAUGCAUGGACAGAUGGUUUGAGAAGAAAAGACUGGCAUGACUAUGAAAGCAUUCAGAAAGAGGCUAUGCGCUCAGGGAAGGGUGAGCAUGGAAAACCUUACCCCCUCACUGAAGAGGACCACGAUGACUCCGCUUACAGGGAAAAUGGUUUCAAUAUUUUUGUCAGCAACAAUAUUGCUCUGGAGAGGUCCCUGCCCGAUAUCCGUCAUGCUAAUUGUAAGCACAAGAUGUACCUGGAAAUACUGCCAAACACCAGCAUCAUUAUCCCAUUUCAUAAUGAAGGGUGGACUUCCCUCCUGCGUACCAUACACAGUAUAAUUAACAGAACCCCGGAGAGUCUGAUAGCAGAAAUCAUUCUAGUAGAUGACUUCAGUGAUAGAGAACACUUGAAGGAUAAGUUAGAGGAGUACAUGGCCCGCUUUUCCAAAGUGAGGAUCGUUCGCACCAAGAAAAGGGAAGGGCUCAUCCGGACCCGCCUCUUGGGGGCAUCAAUGGCCAGAGGAGAAGUCCUGACCUUCCUGGACUCCCACUGCGAGGUCAAUGUGAACUGGCUGCCCCCGCUCCUAAACCAAAUUGCACUAAACCACAAAACCAUCGUGUGCCCCAUGAUCGAUGUCAUUGACCACAAUCACUUUGGGUAUGAGGCACAAGCUGGGGAUGCCAUGCGAGGCGCCUUCGACUGGGAAAUGUACUACAAAAGAAUCCCCAUCCCUCCAGAGCUCCAGAGGGCAGAUCCCAGCGACCCUUUUGAGUCUCCUGUGAUGGCUGGAGGUCUCUUUGCUGUGAAUCGCAAAUGGUUUUGGGAGUUAGGUGGCUAUGAUCCAGGUUUAGAAAUCUGGGGAGGAGAACAGUAUGAAAUCUCUUUUAAGGUUUGGAUGUGUGGAGGAGAAAUGUUCGAUGUUCCAUGUUCUAGAGUUGGUCAUAUCUACAGGAAGUACGUCCCUUAUAAAGUUCCAUCUGGGACCAGCCUGGCAAGAAACCUGAAGCGGGUGGCGGAGACCUGGAUGGAUGAAUUCGCCGAGUACAUUUACCAGCGCCGGCCAGAGUACAGGCACCUCUCCACGGGGGACAUCUCCGCCCAGAAGGAGCUGCGCAAACAGCUCAAGUGCAAGGACUUCAAGUGGUUCAUGGCCGCCGUGGCCUGGGAUGUGCCGAAGUACUACCCUCCCGUGGAGCCCCCACCUGCUGCCUGGGGAGAGAUUCGAAACGUGGCAGCCAAUCUCUGCGUGGACAGCAAGCAUGGAGCCACGGGAACCGAGCUCAGGCUGGACAUCUGUGUCAAGGAUGGCUCUGAAAGGACAUGGUCUCAUGAGCAGCUCUUUACUUUCGGAUGGAGAGAAGACAUUCGACCUGGUGAGCCGCUGCACACCCGCAAGUUCUGCUUCGACGCGAUCUCACACAGCAGCCCGGUCACUCUCUAUGACUGUCACGGCAUGAAGGGGAACCAGCUCUGGGGCUACCGGAAGGACAGAACAUUAUUCCAUCCUGUGAGCAACAGCUGCAUGGAUUGCAACCCCGCAGAGAAGAAGAUUUUCAUGGCCAGAUGUGACCCCCUAUCUGAGACUCAGCAGUGGAUUUUUGACCAUAUUAAUAUGACUGUUUUAGAAAAAUUUAACCACCAUGCCAGCUCCUAG